AUGGCGUCCAAGGCAUUCCCUGCUCUGGUCCUUCUGGCGCUCGUCUGCGGCCAGCUUGUGGUCGACGGCCAUGCCCAGCCCUACACCGGCGGCGGCCGCAUCAGGGGAGGAGGAUCUGCUCCCGGAAUGCAGCCACCGACUUACCCCACUGCCCAUGCCCACUCCUCCACCAUUGGAGAAUACGAUGGAGCUGGAAGGCCUUCAGCCGUGGAAGAAGACAAGGCCUUCAUGGUCAACAGCCUGCCGGCGCACGACCGCCCGCUGCCUGUCCCGCCUUCCGCUCACUAG